AUGGACAUGUACUGCAGAGAAAGAAAUGGUCUUGUGCAUCAUUUUACCCAUACGUCGGAAUGUAGAAACAAGCCCUGUGGCCAUCCUGGAGAUAUUCAGUUUGGUUCCUUUGAACUUACUGCUGGAACAGAGUUUGUAUUUGGUGCUCGUGUUCAGUACAAAUGUGAUGAAGGUUAUCAGAUGCUCAGCCAAAGAAAUUUCCGUGAGUGUCAGGCAGAUGGAUGGAGCAAUGAACUCCCCCACUGUGAAGUGAGCAAGUGUUUACCAGUAAAUGCACCAGAAAAUGGAAAAAUCGUUGCAGCUGGUGUAUAUGAGGCAAACCAAGAAUUUUCCUUUGGCCAAGUUGUACAGUUUGAAUGUAAUAAAGACUAUAAACUUUCUGGAUCUAAAGAAAUACAUUGCUCAGCUGAUGGAAAUUGGAAUGCUGCUGUACCUACAUGCAUAGUGAUAACCUGUGAACCACCAAGAAUUAAUAAUGGAAAUUUAAUGACUCCAAUGAAAACUUACAGGGAGAAUGAACGAUUGCAGUUUACUUGUAAUGCUGGAUAUACAUUUGGUGAAAGAUCUGAUGCAGAGUGUACAGAAUAUGGAUGGCGUCCAAAACCAUUUUGUAAAGAAAUUAGAUGCGAUCCUCCAGCAGUGACUAAUGGAACCUACCACCCCAAAAGGAAAAUGUUCAGAGAAUUGGAAGCAAUCAGAGUAGAGUGUAAUCAAGGAUUUCACUUUGAAACGGACAAUUGGGACAGAAGAGCAGAAUGCACAAAGAAUGGCUGGUUACCUGUUCCAAGAUGUAUCUAAAAGUGUUCUCCUGGU